AUGAAACGCAAUCGAUUUGUCUCGUCAUCCCGUCGAAAGGCUCGCAAGCGUUAUUUUACUGCACCAUCACAUAUUCGUCGUCGUUUUAUGAGCGCACCGCUAAACAAAGAAUUACGACGACGUUACAACGUUCGCAGUCUACCUAUUCGAAAAGAUGAUGAAGUCGCUAUCACACGUGGCCAUUUCAAAGGCCAACCAUCUGGCAAAAUCACUCAAGUUUACCGUAAGAAAUUCGUUGUGCAUAUCGAACGAAUCACGCGUGAAAAAGCCAAUGGUAAUACCGUUCAUAUUGGUAUUCAUCCAUCGAAGGUGCAAAUUACAAAAUUGAAAUUAGAUCGUGAUCGACGCCGAAUCUUAGACCGUCGCUCGAAAUCGAAAUUAGCUGCCAAAGGCAAACAUACUGAAGAAAGUAUUCAACAAACAUCAGGUGCACCGAUGGAAACAUCUUCGUAA